AUGGUAUUCAAAAGUAUCAUCCGUUACAUAAUCAACAGGUAUCUCAAAAACUAUAUUGAAGAAUUAGACGAUGAAAAGUUGAAUUUUGACUUAAUCCAUGAAAAUGUUACCUUGGAAAAUCUUCGUUUAAAACCUGAAGCAUUGUCUGAUCUUAAUCUUCCUGUAGCAGUGGCUGCCGGUUGUGUAGAAAAAUUAGUAUUAACUAUCCCAUGGAUGAAUCUUCAUUCAAAUCCAACAAAGAUACAUAUCAAUGGACUUUACAUAUUGGUUGUGCCAAAAAAUGAAUCUGAUCAAGAUUUGACUGAACACCAUGCCAAUAAAAUGAGAAGAGUACUCCAAAAAGUUCAAAAUCUAAGAAGAAUUAUGUUAGAAAAUAAAAAGUUAGAUGAGAAAGAAAUGACAUUUUUUGAACGCAAGAGAUUACAAAUAAUGCAAAAUAUUGAGCUUAUUGUCGAAAAUUUACAUAUAUCUUAUGAAACCAAUUCAACAACCAAACUCGGACAUCCAUUUUCAUUUGGCAUCACAAUUCAUUCUAUUAAACUAAAUACUGAUAAUGAUCGUAAAACGAGAAAUAAAAACAAAGAUAAAACAUCGAUUAUUUAUAUCUUAAAAGAGCUUAAUUCAUUAUCUAUUUAUUGGAAUGUAAAAUGUACAUCGAGAAUCAAUAUGCCAUUCAAUACUGUUAUAGAUGAUUUAAAAUCUAAAAUAGCAACGGCAUCCUGUAGAGCAAAACAUUUUGAUAUGAAUUACAUUUUAUAUCCCACUAAUAUGGAUGUUAAUAUGAUUAUUAUAAUAACUGAUGGUGAACAUAAUUUUGAUCGAUCAACAUUUAAUAUAGACAUUAAAAUACGACAAUUAGCACUUAAUAUUGAUUCAACACAAUUUUCAGAUUUAUCUGAUUUUGCCAAAUUUCAAAAUUACUCAACACUUUACGACCGAUGUCGUGAAUAUCGACAAUUAUAUUUACAAGAGUCAACUGAUAAUACGCUAUUGAAUCAAGAACAAAAAGAGCGUCUCAAAGUAAAUAAAAUUAGCUUUUGUUGGUUUUCACUUAGUUGUAAGAUUAGUUAAUGUCGAGUUUGAUUGUAUAAUAUGUAUAGUACAAAUUUGUCUUUUUCAUGGGACUUUUCAUUAUUAUUUAAAAUCUUAAAAGAAUUUAAUUACUUUUUUCUUGGCUUUUGAUAAACUAUUAUGCAUCUUUUGGAUCAUUGUCAUGCAUAAAUGUAAAAUUAUUCCUAAGUCCUAGUUACUGCAUCGAUGGUAACAGAUUCUCCUCCACUAUCUUUUGAUAAUAAAAUCGGUCUAUCUUAUGAUUGAGAAUGCACAGUUUUUCUUGUUAAAGUAUGAUUUUUUUCAUGACUGAUUACACUGUUUCUCGAUUCAACAGCAUCUUCUUCUCUAUGUCUCGCUAAGAAUCACGAUUUAAGGAAUGCUUAACUACAAGCGUUUACAGCUCAUCAUCGUGUUCUUUCUUCUUUCACAUCAUGAUGAAAAAUUAGUUGUCUCAGAAACGAUGCACAUUUAUUUAUAUUGGAAUAUGAUACCAUUUAGCUAUUUUUUUUCGAAUAGAUUCUUGAGUCAAAAUUAUAUGCAUUCAACUUGGCUUAUAUUCGUCAUAGUGUAGAAAUAGAGGUAUAGUUGAAUAUUAAUCUGCUUUUUUGAAACGAAUAAGUGCUUUUCUUUCUCUUCUUUCAUACAAACAGAUUGAACAUCGUUCGAUGAAUGGAUCACCACAUGAAAGUAUACACAAAAAUAAGUAUUAUCGAUGGAAUUCAUGGUGGAGAAAAAGAUCAAAACUUAAUAAUGGUAUACAUUAUGAUUUUUGUUUUUCAGCAUUAGUAAGAAGUGUUUUUAUUUGAAUAUUCGAAUCAAAAUAUUCUAGUAUUCAAUUUUGUUGUACAUGUACGUAUUAACACUCUUACACAUAUUUCAGUAUGCGUAUAAAAAACACAAUAAAUAUGAAGCAGAAAAAUUGUAUCUUUUUCGCUAUUAAAAUUAAAAACUUUCUAGAACGGAAUAAUGCAUAUUGGUUGUAACCAUGAGGAUGUGUUAAUCGUUUUUUAAGAUUUAAAACGAUUGUAUAAUGAUUUGAUGUAUCAUAAAUAAAUAAAGCUUCACCAUUUGGUGCUAGAUUAGCAUUAUUAAAUGCAUAUCGUACCCAU